AUGGUCUUGCCAGCACUUUUCAAUAAAUCAGUAAACAGCAGCACUGCACCCCGUCGGUCGUCACGUACAUCUCCUCGUAGCACCUCCUCUGCGCAGAGCUCUGAAAGAAGUUCCUCUGAACCUCCUCCCGCUUGCGGACCCCUCGACCAUCUUUAUAUACACGAAGAGGCUCAUCUCAAGGACAUCAAUUCCGAGCCGCCGGAUCUUCGCGAGCUGAACAAUAGUCUUGUAGCACUGGCCGCCAUUUUCCCCGAUGUGCAAGUUGAGGUCUUCCGGGAGAUGCUUUCGAGUUUCGACGAAGAGUCCAGACUGGCAGUUGUGACGGAAGCUUUGUUGAAAGACAAAAUGCAGUUUGUGCGGGGAAGAAACAAAGUUGCUGGAAAAGAGAAGGUUGCCACUGAUGGAGACAAGGCGGGGGAUUCCAUCUUUCAAGGCUUGGUACAACCUGAAGAGAAGUUCAGGAGUCCUGAAUACAAGAAGGCUGUAAAGGGCAUAGCAUACCAGGAGUUUAAGGGCCUUUCUCGAUCGACAAUAAACGGCGUUCUGGCAGAACACAACUACGCUUACACACUCGCGAGGCCAACGCUCACGGCACUGUCCUCGAAGUCGUGGCGCUUCUCGAUAUCGUCCCUUUUUUCACGCAGAAAAACGACCGCUUCAGCCGACCCUGAGCAUCACCCGCUAGUAAUCUGGCAAUCGACCGGCAGGGGGUCGAUAGUCCCCACGCUGAAGGCAACGGGUUCUGCGGAACUGGACAAGGAACUAUUCGACGCACUUAUUGUGCCAAUAAAUCAGAAAGCGCAGGAAGAUCGAGAAGCCAAAGAUCACGUAUUGGCUCGCGAAGUCAACAACGAGGAGGCUGAGGCCAAUGAAGGCCUACACGACUGCGAAUGCUGCUUCACUGCUACAACUUUCGAGGAGCUAUCAGCCUGUGACGAUGCCGGUCACUUUGUUUGCUUUCAGUGUGUGAGACAUUCUGUAAAAGAAGCAGUGUUUGGACAAGGCUGGCAACGCACCAUAAACACCGAUAGUGGCACACUGCGUUGCAUAGCCGCGAUGUCUGGAGAAUGCCAAGGCUGCAUUUCACAGAGUCUAAUCCGGCGAGCAUUCGAUGAGGAUAAAGGAGAAAAAGACGUCGUUCGGAAACUUGACGAACGGCUAGCUGAGGAUAGUCUGCUCAAAACUGGACUUCCCCUGAUUCGAUGUCCAUUUUGCAGCUAUGCUGAGGUGGACGAGCUCUACCUUCCAGAAUCUCAGCGAGCAUGGAGGAUAAAGCGUGCUGGAGACACUUUUCUUUAUACUCUCAUUAUUUUGGUCUUAGGCGUUGGCAUGAUACCCUUCUUUUUACCGGUGUUUUUACUGUUUUCAUUUUUAUUCAUACUCUUCUCCUCGCGUCAAACCUUCGGCGACUUCACCUUGGGCCAUUUUCACGCUUCUCUUGCCCGCUUGCGGCGCAAACAACACGGCCUAAAGUUUGUCUGUCAAAACUCGGAAUGUAGGCGAGCCUCGUGUAUUUCUUGCUCCAAAGGCUGGAAAGAUAUACACAUCUGUCAUGAAUCCUCCCUCCUUGCGCUGCGCACGCAAGUUGAACUAGCCAUGUCGCUAGCAGUUAAGAGGACCUGCCCUCGUUGCAACACAUCUUUCGUCAAAUCUUCCGGGUGCAAUAAACUCACCUGCAUCUGUGGUUACCAGAUGUGCUACGUCUGCCGCAAGGACAUUGGAAACGGCGAAGGCUACAGACACUUCUGUGAACACUUCCGGCCGAACGGUGGACGAGGCUGUACUGAAUGCUCGAAAUGCGAUCUUUACCGAUGUGAAGAUGAUGAGGUUGUGGUGAAAAAAGCAAAAGAGGAGGCGGAACGUCAGUGGGUCGAAAAAGAAGGCACCGAUCUCGGUGGCAAUGAAAAAGUGCGCAAGGUACUCCAGGAGAAGCGGAAAAAUGAUGGAGACGUGGGAUGGUGGAGUUGCCAUUUGAGCAUGCCAAAUUGGCAGAGCAUGCUAGACGCAAUGAUGGAGAUGGUCGUGGAAUGA